AUGGCUAACAUCAAUUCUCCAAUACCUUUAUCGGACAUUGAGUCAGUUUUGGCUUGGGUCGAUACUUUUAAACUAUCACGACCCACGAAGAAAAUUAACAGGGACUUCUCUGAUGCUGGUAACGUUGGACUCAGUUUCCUUUGCAAUAAAUUAGUAGAAGUAAAAACAAAAUUUAAAGAGGCCCUAAUGUACAGAACUCAUAACAAAAGUGUUGAUUAUUUGUUAAUUCUUCUAGCAGAGAUCCUCAGUGUUCACUAUCCAAAACUGGUGGAGAUGCACAACUAUCCGCCUCGGAACAGUCACUCUUUGAAGCUCAACAAUUGGAUGACCCUGAACAGGAAAGUACUGAAGAAGCUGAAAUUGAACCUGUGCUGCAAUACAAUGGAACAACUCGCUAACUGCGCUCCAGGAAUCAUUGAAAGGGUCCUCGUCAUGGUUCGAGACAAGAUUCGUCGAGACGAGGAAUUAAACAAGUCUAUGAAGGAACAAGAACAGAACUUGUCCAGUGGUGGCAGCUACUACGAGGCUUGUGGAGACGACGAUCACGUACUGGUGGUACCAAUUAAAACAAGAGUCAAUGGUGUGCUGGAGAGCACGCAGCAAAAAGUGAUCAGUUAUGAGUCAUACUGUGUUCUCAAAGAAGAGCUGAAGGAUGCUAAGGAGGCUGCAGAAGUACUGAAACAGAAGGUUGAACACUUGGACAAUCUAUUGAAAAUAAAAGAAGAAAGAAUCGAUGAAUUGCAAAACCAGCUAGAGAGGAAACAAGCUCGGCGGAAGGAGGUGGAAAUCGUUACAAACACUCUCUCUGUACCAUUCGAUAGCGUCCCUCCAACACCAAAAAUCAUACAGGAACCCAACGUGCUACUAGUCAAAAUGAAUUCCCUUAAAAGUAUAGAUUCAAAAAGUAAGUUGGAUGACUCCAAAAUACCUAUCGCCAAAGAAUCUCUAAAACCCAUUCCUAAACAAAGCUUUACUGAAAUCAGUGUCGUCGAUAGUGAGAAAUUUACUGUUGAGACAAUAAAAUCCGAUGUCUUCAUUGAAAUGGAAGAGAGAGUUGAAGAUUAUCCAGAAGUCUUUGAAGAAUUUAAAGAUAGUGUACAAGAAAACGUCGUCAUGACAAUCGAAGAAACGAUUCAGAAAGAACUAAAGGAUAUUACUAAUAAAAUGGAGUUUACGCAAGAUUUGAACAUGAUUCUGAAUAAAAAUUGA